UUAUCUUUGGUUAAAUCAGAUCUUGCUGUGCAUUGUGUCACUUGUAGCGGUUUGUUCGAUUAUAAUAUUUUCACGAAACAAUGAAAGUAAUAUUGAGAAACAAAUAAUACAGAUGUAGUUGAUUUCGUACAUUUUAUAGCAGUCUUCACGAUGGCCGCCGGUCCGAUAGCAGAAAGAAAUCAAGAUGCCACUAUUUAUGUUGGUGGUUUGGACGAUAAAGUCUCAGAAAGUCUUAUGUGGGAGUUAUUUGUUCAAUCUGGGCCUGUUGUGAAUGUCCAUAUGCCAAAAGAUCGUGUUACUCAAAUGCAUCAAGGAUAUGGAUUUGUUGAAUUUCUGGGAGAAGAAGAUGCAGACUAUGCAAUCAAAAUUAUGAACAUGAUAAAACUUUAUGGAAAACCAAUUAGGGUCAAUAAAGCUUCAGCACAUCAGAAAAAUCUUGAUGUCGGUGCCAAUGUGUUUAUAGGAAAUCUGGACACAGAAGUUGAUGAAAAAUUAUUGUAUGACACAUUUUCUGCUUUUGGAGUAAUUCUUCAAACGCCGAAGAUAAUGAGGGAUCCAGACACUGGUAAUUCAAAGGGUUUUGCAUUCAUAAAUUUUGCUAGUUUUGAUGCUUCUGAUGCUGCUAUUGAUGCAAUGAAUGGUCAACAUCUGUGUAAUAGACCUAUAUCGGUAUCAUAUGCUUUUAAAAAAGAAGCUAGGGGAGAGCGACAUGGUUCUGCUGCAGAACGUUUGCUAGCUGCACAGAAUCCAUUAUCACAAGCAGAUAGGCCUCAUCAAUUGUUUGCUGAUGCUCCAACUGGUGGCAUGGGUAUGGCACCACCUCCUCUACCAGGCAUGAUGCCACCUCCACCUCCCUUACCCCAUCAGGCGGUUGCAGCAGUGGCGGCGCAUCAUAUGGCUUCAAUGAUGAAUACUAUGAUGCCGCCUCCACCACCUGUAACACCAACACCGCAAGGUAGCCUUCAUCCACCACCUCCCCCGCCAGUUCCUCCGCCGCACAUGCAACCACCACCACCGCCACCGGCGCCGCCACGAAUGAUGCCGCCUCCGCCACCAUGGCAACCUCAAGGGGGUCCUGGUGGCAAUAUCCUCCACCUCCACCACCUCAACAUUUUGGAAGUAACUUCAAUGGUCGUCCACCUCCACCACCGAAUUGGAGACCACCCCCACCAGGAUUCAGACCACCACCACCUCCUGGAUUUAGACCGCCACCACCACCUCCAGGAAAUAAUUAUGCUCCACCACCACAAAAUUUCAAUGAUAACUUUUCUUACUGAUAAAAUCAACAAUGUUAGACAUAUUUAUAUAAAUAUGUGAAGGGAUAGCGCAUUGGAAUAUGAAUAUGUUUUGAAUGUGAUUUGAACGAGUACUUUUGUAUGUUAUGCUGAAUAAAUA